CACCUCGAGGCUCCGCCAGGCAGUCACAGCACAGUACACACGACACAACACGACACACCCUCGCGAUGCGACCCAUCAUCCUUGCACGAUUCCUCGCUCGCUCCCUGCCGAUCCUUUGGUGGACGGUGUUUGCGCUUGCUGGCUGUCACCCGCUCGUAACGGAAGGAGCCUUUGUUGCGGCGCCCAUUCGUUCCGGGGGCCCGGGGGGUUGUAGCUUUUGCGGAAGCAGCAGCGUUGCGAGGGCGGGCACAGAGCCAAACCACGGCACAACCCCGGGAAAGGACCGGAGCGAACGGACCGCGAAGCACGCCGGAGCACCAAGGCGCCACAGGAAGGGGAAAUUUUCGACGAGCAAACGCAGCGGCAGCCAAAGCUACGGUGGAAGCAGCGGCGGCCGAACCGGGAGGCCCUCGUCCUUUGCCGCGAUCCGAAGAAACCUGAGGGAUCCCCCCUCGGAUCCCCCCGCGGAAACCGGGGAACACUGCGUUCCCGUCCCGAGCGGCGGUGCCGUGGGGCACGGGGCCGGGCGCUCCGGAGCGUUGCCUUCGUCCCCCGGGCGGCGACAGCAGCAGCGAAAGCGGGAGGAACUCAAGCGGGCCGCCCUCGCUCUGUCCGGUGCUACGAGCCGUGGCUUUGCGUCCACGCGUGAGCAGAGAAGGGAGAUGGCGGCUCUGGUCGAGGGACUGGCCGAGCUCAACCCCACCAAGGAACCCGCCUGGUCCUACUACGGCAGGAACAACCCGCUGACGAGGCAGCUCUACCUCUCCCUGGCCGGGACAGCGCCGGGGGCAAGCAGCCGGGGCAAGGGCGGCACAACGAACCCCAGAGAAAGCCACCACGACGGCGACGGCGACAGCAACAGCAACAGCGACMCCCCCGCCGUGGCCUCCCUCGAUGGCAAGUGGAACCUGGUGUACACGGACGUUCCCUCGCUGGUAGCCCUGGGAAACAACCGGGGCCCCUUCCUGCCCUUUGCCCUGGCCAAGCUGGGCCGGAUCGGGAGGGAGUGCUCGAGCGAGGACCACACCGUCCGGACCGUCGUCGAAUGGAAGCGACCGGGGUGGGCGGACCGCCUGGAAGAGGGCCUCCUCGGUGGAGCGGCUCCCGCUCCCCGUUCGGAAGCCCGUCCCCCCGGUGACGAGUGGCCCCGAUCGGCCGUCUCGUGGCUCCUGGGAACGAGCGAGUCGUCGAUCCUCCAAAAGACGACCAACGCCGCCGGGUCCUCCCCGGGGGACCCAACCGUGUGGGGGGUUUCCAGUUUGCCGAGGGCGGUAGAGGUGGUGUCGCCGCCCAAGCCCGCCGGCACCGAUGAUGCUGCUGCCGUGCCAUCCCGGGAACACGGGGACGGCCAGCACGCAAACCUUCAAGGGGACGGCCUGGUGGCCGGAAUCCUCCGGCAGGCUCCCAUCCAGCUGAGGGGCCUGCCGGACGCGAUGGCCUCGCUCCUGGAGGGCGACGGCGGGGACCCGGGGAACAACGGCCGGAAGAGGAGGACAAACGCCCCGCCGUCGGCCCCUACGGCUACCACCACCACAUCCACGACGACGACGACGACGACGAUGACCCAGCAGAAAAUCCUGUACCUGGACGAGGACAUUCGGAUCAUCGGGGACGACCAGAACCACGUGACGAUCGAAUCUAGGAUCGUCGGCUCCGAUUGCUGGUUCUAACAGAACAAAGCUAGAAGAACGAA